CUCCGGGGCCUGGGCCGCCUCGACCGGGCCGCCUCGGACCUGCAGAGGUGCGUGCGCUUGGAGCCCAAGAACAAGGCCUUCCAGGAGGCUCUGCGGGAUCUCGGUAGCAGCGCCCACGAGAAGAUGAAAGCCAUGACCUGCACUGACUCCAAAGUGGAAGCCAUGUUUAAGCUGUUGCUGAGCACCGAGGAAAACGACCCGGACAAGAAGCAAAAGGCAGCUCAGAACUUGAUAGUUCUGGCUCGAGAGGAGCCUGGUGCUGAGAAGAUUUUCCAGAGUGAUGGAGUGCGCUUACUGCUGCAGCUGUUGGACACAGGCCGUUUGGAUAUGAUGGUAGCAGCCUUACGGAUCUUCACUGGCCUCUGCCGUGGCCAUUGUUCUCGAACAGUGGCGAGUCUGGGCGACCUGGGGCCUCAGCGCCUCUUUGCUGUGCUAGAGAUGGAGGAUGAGCGGCUUUCACUGGCCGCCUACAGCCUGCUGCAGGUCAUGUUUGACACCCUCGAGCAGGGGUUGCAGAAGGAUGUGCUCCACAAGGAGAAUGUUUUGGCAUCAGACUCAUCCAGAGAGCUGAAGUUGCUCCUUAGAUGGCUGUUAGAGGCUCUCACUCGAGUAGGCCUCUCUUCCUAUGGUCGUGACAGCAUCCUCAAUUUGCUGAUCAGUGUAACAGCCCCGAAGUCACUGCCGGCCUCCAACAACUCCUUGACCCUUUGGGUCAUUGAUCAUGGUCUCAAAGAGAUCCUGGAAGUUGGGGGUACGGUACCCCACUGUCCUGAAGGCUUGCGUGUGACGGAGAACACGCACAUGACUGCUGCUGUCCUGCUCAACAAGCUUUAUGAGGAUUUGAAGUGUGAUGGGGAGAGAGAGAAUUUCCAUCGGCUCUGUGAGGAUUAUGUCAGGGACUGGUUCCAGGACCAUGGCAUGCCUGGAAAGCUCAGGGCCAUCCAGACAGUGAGCUGCCUCCUGCAAGGCCCCUCAGAAGCUGGGAACCGAGUGCUGGAACUGAAUGGCAUCAUGGAGAGUAUUUUGGCAUUGUGUGCCUCAUCUCAGGUGGCUCACCAGCUUGUGGCUGUGGAGGCCCUGAUCCAUGCAGCUGACAAGGCCAAACGUGCCUCCUUCAUCACCGCUAAUGGUGUGACACUACUCAAGGAGAUCUACAAGCACAGUGAGCGUGACAGCAUUCGCAUCCGGGCCCUGGUGGGCCUUUGUAAAUUGGGCUCAGCAGGGGGCACAGACUUCAGCAUGAAACAGUUUGCCGAAGGCUCUACCUUGAAACUGGCCAAGCAGUGCUGCAAAUGGUUGUGUAAUGAGACUCUUGAUGUUGGCACCCGCUAUUGGGCAGCAGAAGGUUUGGCAUUCCUUACCUUGGAUGCAGAUGUCAAGGAAGAACUUCUGGAGGACAAGGCAGCUCUGCAGGCUCUGUUCCAGCUGGCACAGUCAGAGAAUCGGAGCUGUUUAUUUGCAGUGGCCUCUACACUAGUCAACUGUACCAGCAGCUAUGACUGCGAGGAACCUGACCCGCAGAUGGUGGAACUUGCUAAGUACGCCAAGCAGCACAUUCCGGAGAAGCAUCCCAAGGAUAAGCCAGAAUUCAUACACAGACGUGUGCAGAAGCUCUUGGCUGCUGGUGUGGUUUCAGCACUCGUGUGCAUGGUCAAGAAUGAGAGCUCUUUAAGCCCUGCCUGCCGUGAGCUGGUUUCCAGAGUUUUCCUGGCUGUAGUAGACAACCCAGAGAACCGAGGGGCUGUGGUGGCUGCCGGAGGGGGGAAGGCACUCAUCCCCUUGGCUCUGGAGGGGACCGACGCAGGACAGAGCAAGGCAGCUCAGGCCCUGGCCAAGAUUGCUAUCACGACAGCCCCUGAGAUGGCCUUUCCCGGAGAGCGGGUCUAUGAGGUGGUCCGGCCCCUAGUGAGCCUCCUGCACCUGAACCGUUCCAGCCUGCAGAACUUUGAGGGGCUGAUGGCGCUCACCAAUCUAGCUGGGACCAGCGAGAGGCUCAGGCAGAAAAUGGUGAAGGAAAAGGCAGUGGCCAUGAUUGAAGGUUACAUGUUUGAGGAGCACGAGAUGAUUCGCCUGGCGGCCACCGAGUGCAUGUGCAACCUAACCUUGAGCCCGGAGGUGGCAGAAUUGUUUCUGGCUGAAGGCAGCGAUCGGCUGAAACUGCUGGUUUUGUACAGUGGGGAGGAAGAUGAGCGGCUGCGGAGGGCAGCUUCCGGGACACUGGCGGUCUUAACCUCGCUGCUCCCGCAGGUCUGUGUUCGGAUUCCCAAAGUGACAGCGGACUGGCUGGAAAUCCUGCAGUCACUGUUGCUCAGCCCCUGCACCGAGCUUCAGCACCGUGGCGUGGUCGUGGUGAGAAACAUGAUGGCAGCCGACCAGGAGGUUGCCACAAGGCUGAUGGAGAGCGAGAUGCUGGAGAUCUUGUCCGUUAUGAGCAGGGUGGAGGACAAGCCCCAGGUGGUCCAGGUGGCCAAGGAGUGCCUGGCUCAGGCGGUGUCUUACGGCUUGGUUAAGCCCAACGCUGCUGCUGCUGCUGCUGCCAGGGAGUGAGGGCCUGGCUUCCCGCCCGCUCAGAGGCACCGCUGCUGCUCCUGCUCACGGGCACCGGGAUGGGCUGCUUGCGGACUGGCUGCUGGGACCAGGCAGAGCGGGAGCUCUUUCCUCUGGAGGCUUGCGUGGUUCUUGGGUGGGGCACAGGCAGUUCUCCUGCUGGAGAAGGAAUCCUUUGCUGGAGCUGCUCUUCCAGCCUGCACUCCCCUGGCGGACACCCCAGCCUUCCUCUUCCUGCCAGCCGAGGUUUCUUCUCUCUCUCUCUCUCUCUCUGCGUUUUGCACACUACGGCAGACGAGCCCUGUGGAAUUUAGGGACGGACGGGAUGUGCUGCAUGAAUAAAAACAAAUGCACAAACCUC